CUGACGCCACCACCAAACCUAAAUUGUCAUUAUUGCUGUAAAUUCAAGCCAUGACUGAAUCUGGAGAAGUAGCCCUAUUACAAGCCAUUAAAGAAUCCUUACAAAAAGAUGGCACUUUGGGUAGGCUCAAAGGUGAAAUACGUGCAGCUGUAAUGAAUGUUUUAAAUAAGAACGAUAGAGGAGAUGCUCCUAAAAUCCCAGAAGAAACGCGUCUCAUAAACGAACUGAUUCGGGAAUAUCUUGCUUGGAAUGGGUAUCUUUAUAGUGAAGAAGUUUUAACAGCAGAAUCUUGCCAAAACGGAGAAAGGCUUAGCCGAGACGUAUUGACAACAAAAUUGGGGGUAUUGGAUGAUGGAAAAACAGCCAAAAUUCCUUUACUGUAUUAUAUUGUUUCUGCUUUUCAAUUGAAUGAGGAAAAUGAAUAAAACAGCUUAGUUGAUCAACAAAUUUUACUAACUAUACAUCUAUAAUCUAAUUAAAAUUAAAUACCUAAAAAUUAAUUGACUAGAUCAGAUAAUAUUCAAAUUUUGAGAUCUUAUGAUAAUUUAGGCCCGUGACUCUUUUGAUACAAUAAAAACCAACAACUAUUAUCACACAGGGAAAGAUUUUUCCAGAAUUUUCUCCUCAUGAGAAAAUGUUUUUGUGAUCAAAAUUAUUGCCAUAUAAGAAUGUGUGUAUAGAUAUGAAAAUUUCUAUCAAUGUUUGUGCAUCAACAUUUCACUUUUUUCUCGAAAGCUCUUGCUACAAACAUGACAACUAAACAAAUUACUACCGAUAUUGUGUUGUCUUUUUUUGUGUUGAGUCAAACCGUGCUUGGCCCCAAACUUCCUGAAACAAAUAUCGCAAAAAUACUUUUUAUUUUUAUUCGAUUUGGGUGUUGUAAUGCUGGACUUUUCCAAUGGUUUGUCUUCUUUGCAAAAAGGCUGCACUUUUUCACUGGUGAACUGGUGAGAUCUAAAACUGAUUUUUUUUCACAAACUGUGUAUUGGAAUUAUUGUGCUUACUUUAAAUGUGUCAUUAAAGUACGCUUUUGAAGAAACUCCUUAUGGCAAGUGGUACAAACCAGAGGUUCUUUUCCGUGGAGUCUUUCGUGAUUGUCCAGUUCGAAUUUUCUGGUAAAAGUAGCUCCACAUUCUCCACAAACAAACGACGUUAAAGAUCCGUGAAAUCUCAAAUGCAU